GAGAAGAAGAAGUCGCAAGAGAGCGCUAGUACAGAGCUCGAGUUUGCAGAGUGGUAUACCAAGGUCAACCAUGAGCUGCUCGAAGCCAGCCAUGAGGAGUACAAGCUGUACCAGGACCAGCUGCAUCAGACGCGGCGCACCUUGACAAUGUCAUAUCCGACACAUCCUCGACUGUAGGCAUUCUCUCCUCACUGUCAGACUCCUUCAAGGCCGUCGACGCCCAGACCGAGGCCUUCCAGACACAGUGCGAGGGGCUCAUAGAUGACCAGAAACGCAUCACCAAGCUGGCCGAUGACAUGGAGCAGAACUUGCGCUACUACCUCUAUCUCGAACCCAUAACGAAACGACUCAAUGCUCCAGGCGCGGGCAAUAUCGUUCGAGGAAAGGAAUUCACCGAGAUGCUAUCAAAUCUGGACAAUUGUCUCGAAUACAUGCAGUCACACAUAAAUUACAAGGAAUUAGCUACCUAUCGCUCACGGUACUGCUUGCUUCUCACUCGAGGCCUAACUCUGAUCCGUGUCCAUUUCACCAACGCCCUUCGAGAGAUUACUGCCGACGUAGCGAAGCGAAUCGCAGAUCGCCAAUUGAACGACACGACCAUAUCGGCGUUGCUGUGCGCCAAAUUCCAUGUCAGAGCUCCUAACCUAAAACAUAUUAGGCUGGAAAUUCAAAAACGUGCGGUGCUUCCAAAAGGAGCAGACCCUAGUUCAGAAGCAGAAUACCAGAGCCUGAUGAACGAGCUGUAUCAGAGCUAUUCCGCAACCCAUAAGCGGCUAGUCCUGCCAAUUGUGACCAAGAAGAUUAGCGGAAUUGCGCAAGCUCCAAGCUCGUCGAAAGAUCUCGUGUCAUUUGCACGUAGUAGCAUUAGCUACAUUCGCGGCAUAUGUCUAGAUGAGUACGACCUGUGGGGCGAGUGGUUUGAGGGAGAAGGAGGGCUAUAUAACUUCCUCGAGGCAAUGUGCGAGUCAUUAUACGACCAUCUACGACCACGGACUAUCCACGAGACACAGAUACUUAAGCUGUGCGAGCUGUGCACGCUCAUUCAGACGCGUUACAUGGAGGAGGAUGAAGAGGAUGCCUCGCCAAUUGAGGCCAAUAGGCUCCACUUCACCGUCUUGAUCCAUCCGGCAUUGGAAGAUGCCCAAACACGUCUCGUAUUUCUCUCUCUGGCUACUCUGCGGGACGAAAUAGGGCGCUAUAAGCCAAAGCCAGAAGAUCUGGACUACCCUGCCAGGAACAAGAAACACGCGCUUUAUGGUACGCGAACGGGCCCCGCGCUUUCCGGGAAGAGGAAUGCGAAAUCAGAUGUCCCGCCCACACCUCAGAUAUCUAAGACGCCGACCGUCGUGGAAGAGGAUGAUCCAGACGCCAAGUACAACUUCAAUACCGAAGCAGCAUUCAAAGACUGGUACCCUACUCUGCGAGAAGCAAUCUGGCUGCUCAGCAAGAUAUAUCGCCUGGUUCAUUCCUCUGUUUUUGAUUGGACGUCUGGAAGAAGGACCUCACGUAGUGAACUUAGAAGGCAGCAUUACGGCUCAGCAACUCGAAGUUCUGUAAGCCUCAAAGCCAGCAUUCUGGCACAGCCCCAGAUGAAGACUCAUGAAGAAUGACCCCGAAUUUCUCAAAGACGUAUGAUUGGAUAUGUGAAAGAAGGACCUCAAGUAGCGAGCUUGGGGAGGCAA